AUUUCAUCAGUUUAAAUUCGAAUAAAGUCUCAAAAUCAUCAAAAAAUUGUCAAAACUCAAACAGCAACAUCCAGCACAAGGAUCUACUCAAAAAUGCGUUUAAACUUCCUCGGAAACAAGUGCCUCCAGCCCGACUCAAUAUUCAGCUUUUUGGUUAAAUUUAUGCUGUCACAUAACCAUGCAUUUCAUGUUGCAUGUAACUUAUGUCCAUUCGGAUAUUGCUACAAAUAUUUCAUUGGAUCGUAUGCAGCAUUUCAAAUUGUGUAUUCAGCUAAAGAACUAGUGAAGCAUUUCAAAGAGACAACUGGUGAGGAUGAGGAACUCCUUUUUCAUAUUGAAUGGCUUAACAUUCCAAUUACGACGCACAAUUUUGACAUCAUUCGGCAUACGUUGAGCUUGUCGUCAAAUUUUGAUUUGUUUCUUCGUACGAUGACGUCUGAGUCAGUAGAGGAACUAAUCAGCUUCACAUUCAUAUCACUCAUCAACAUAAUCUACUUAUUUAUGAGCUACUGCAUCCACUUUAAGAAGCUUACAAGUGAGAAGAAGUUUGUCCAAUUCAUCAUGUGUUUGGCUUCAGGACUAAAUUUGAGCUUCUUGAUGUGCUAUAUUUUUGAAAACUACAAAAACUGCUCCAAUUUUUGAAAGGAAUCGAUGCUAAAAUUCUGAUGUUUGCAAGGAACUGAAUAAAAUGCUGUGAGGAUAAUAAAGAUAUUAAAAAGGUCGUACUAAUUUAAGAAUUGUGUGCAUUCAUCAUAGCUUAAAUUGAAUAAAAAUACAUACACAAGAAAAAGUCAUAAAAAUACACUCAAAAAAAAAUAAAGUUCAAGCAAUUUCAAGUGUCAAAUAAUUUUCAGAGAAGCAUCAGAUUGAUAACCUCAAAAAUAAAAAAGCUGGCGCUUGACAUAAAAAAGAAUAAAUAAAAAGUUCAUCGUGUGAUGCUCAAAAGUGAAAAAUACUCAUCAUUGAUUAUUAAUUGAAUGAACGAAUCUACACCGCCUCAAAUUUUCCUAUUGCCUUACAUGUUGAAAACUAUAAAUAAAAUUAUGCAUGAAAUUAAUUUACAAGCCACUCGUGCGUUGUCAGAAGCUUGAGUAAGAAGGAAGCAAACGCACAUCAAGCAGGUACGAUGCGACUUUUUUUUAAAUUGAAAAAAUUGUAAUUAAAAUGGCUGAUUCAGUGAGGAG